GCAUACUGUUACCAUGGUCAGACUUUACUGGCGAGUGAUAAAUGUGGGGAAGCAAUCAGAUCUCUACAGGAAUCGGAAAAAUUUUUUGCCAAGGCUGAAGCAUUGUGCAAAGAAUAUGGAGAAACUAAAGGGCCCGGGACUACUGCCAAACCUUCUGGACAUCUCUUCUUUAGGAAAUUAGGAAGUUUGAUUAAGAACACGCUAGAAAAAUGCCAGAGAGAGAAUGGAUUCAUCUAUUUUCAGAAGGUGCCAGCGGAGGCUCCCCAGCUGGAACUGAAGGCAAACUAUGGCUUGGUAGAGCCUGUUCCUUUUGAAUUUCCUGCCUUGAACGCACACUGGACUCCUGAAACACUUGCAGCAUUUGAUCUCACCAAGAGGCCAAAGGAUGACACUGCUAAACCAAAACCAGAUGAAGAAGUAAAACCUCUGAAGGAACCAGAUAUAAAGCCUCAAAAAGACAGUGGAUGCCAGAUUUCUUAA